AUGACUGUAUCGGCACCAAACGCCGCUCCAUGGGUACUGCGUGGGGUGUACGCGAGCAGGGAUUAUAGGAUCAGGAGGGUCCUCUUGCGAGAGAUCACUAGUCUCACUGCCCAGGGUGUCCCGACAGUUGUAGUUGGCGACUUCAACUGCAUCUUAAGUUUGAGUGAUAAGAGGGGUGGGGCUGCCUUCAUGGAGAGAGCGGACAGGAGGGAGUUUCGCGACUUCAUGUCGCGUAUUGGCCUGGUGGACUUAGGAUUCUUCGGACCUCAAUUUACUUGGUUCAAUAUUCAGCUCGGCAGUGCGAGGGUUUGGGAGCAUCUAGGCAGGGCCUUUGCGUCCCCGGACUGGAUCCUCCGUUUUCCCACCUGCAGGUCCUGGGAUAUUGUCUGUGAUGCUUGGCGCACCCCGGUGCGUGGGGAUGCUAUGCACCGGGUGUCGCACAAACUAGAGUUGGCUAAGAGGCGUCUCCGACGAUGGAAUCGCGAGGUUGUGGGCGAUAUUUUCCGGAGAGUUGAGGGGGUUGAGACUGCGAUCGCUGAGUUGCAGAUGAAGGAAGAUGUUGAAGGUGCGCUCUCGGAGGAUGGCAUGGGUGACCUCCGGGGGCUUCUAGCGGCUCACCACUCACUACUAUGGUAG